GUUUACUUCGAGGUGACAAGCGGCAGAUUUUGCGCAAUCGCUGUAGAUGAACUCUACGAGACGGGUAUCAUUCGGGCAUAAUCCGCAAUUUUGCGGAACAGCGUGCAGAGUCCUUGAAGAGUCCUUGAUUUGCAUGUAGCAUGAUGGGAGUGAGUGGGUGAAAAAGCAGUUGGUCUUCAUGGAGCGGAGUCCAGCUGUGAUGUGGACCUGGCUGCUGGGGGCUGGACUCGUCCUGGUGUUUUGCAUUACAACAUCCACGGCCUUCCCCCGACCCCCUCGGCUAAUCGGCUGUGUGUUCAUACAUCGAGUUAAUGUCACCUGCCACUGGGAGCCCGGAGACACGCCAACAACGAAAUACACUCUGCAGGUUGAGAAGAUAUCUAGUGCCAACAGGUCUGCAAAAAAGACAUACACCUGCACCACGCAUGAAACCACCUGCACAAUAGGACUUAAUGGUUCAACUUCAAGGAUUGACUUUUGCAUCACAGUCACAGCACACAGUGGAAGCGAGAGCUUUUCAUCGCACCCUCGAUGUCAGCCCGGCAGGACAGAAGUGAUGCUGCCUCCAGCCAUCCUGAACAACGUAACAGAAGUUCGUGGUUCUCCUCAGUGUCUGAAUGUAACUUGGAGCCGCGUAUCAUCGGACUUUCCUGUGUCUAACAAUGAAAUCCAGCAGGGAAAUCUGAAUUCACAAAUUGAAACAGCGACUGAGCAGCUUGAUUUUCAGAUCAGAAAUGUGACAAUGAAAGGCUACUCUGUCCUGGUUUGUCACCUUAGACCUGAUACAGAAUACACCAUCAGGCUUCGCCACCGUUACCGUGGCCCUGCAAGUCCAUGGAGCAUGUGGAGCAAAGCACUUCAGGGAAGGACAGCAGAAGAUGCUCCAUCUGCAGCACCAGUAUUCUGGAGACGAGUGAAACAAAAUCACAGGAAUGGAUGGAGACUCGUCUCUCUGCUUUGGAAGCCCUUACCUCAUUUUCUGGCCAAUGGCAAAAUUAUCUUUUACAACGUGACUUGCCAGACAGAAAGCACUCCGAUCUUGAGUGAUCAUGGGAGUUGCAAAUAUUUGCACCAUUUGAGUACAUCCUGUAGCUUGCUCCUUCCUGCUGGGCGUUCCUUCUGCACUCUGACGGCCUCCACCUCUGCCGGCGUGUCACCAAAAUCUAAGAUUUUGCUGCAUGGAUCCUCUGAAACAGAGUCACCAUCCCCAUGCCACAUUACUGCAACUCCUCUGAACGACAGUAGCUUGGAGGUUCGGUGGGUGGCUCUAACUGAUGCAUCUGUGAGCAGCUAUGUGGUGGAGUGGUUUGCGGUGAGAGAGAAAAAUAGCAGCACGCUAUACUGGGAAGAGCUGAAUCGCUACCAGACAUCGCUGGUUAUCACAGAGGGAUUAAAGCCAAUGGAGCGUUAUGCUGUUUCUGUGAGAGCCGUGUAUGGCGAACGAGGAGCGGGGAAAAACACAACGCUCUACACGUACACACGGCAAGGAACACCCUCAGCUGGUAUUGACGUAAAAGUGCAGCAGAUCUCAGGCGGCAUGGUGGAGCUCACCUGGAGUCCUGUACCUGUGGAGCUUCUUCGUGGUUUCCUCCGUAACUACACUCUGUACUACAGAACCAGAGACCAGCCCGCAAGGAGUGUUUUUGUGCCUGGUCACGCUCGCAGCUACACGCUGCAGAAUCUGUCACCCGGUAACUACGCCAUCGUCAUGCUGGCCAAUACUGAGGCUGGUGCCGGAGAAACUGGGACCAUGGCUAAUGUGCACAUACGCUCUGAGGACAUCUCGGUAGUGAUGUAUGUGGUCGUUCCACUCGUGCUGACGAUAUUGGCACUGAUACUGAUGGCCUGCCUAGUACAGCAUGGAAUUGUGAAAGAGAAGCUGUGUAAAGAUGUCCCUGAUCCUUCCAACAGUAGCUUGUCCCACUGGGCCCCUAAAACUACCUUGGAGAGUAUGAAUCCUCUUGUGCUGCCGGAGAAGCCUGCAGUCAAAUACUCUGAAGUCAUUGUGCUUGGUGAGCUGGAGAACUCCAGCCUGGAUCAGGACCACAGCUAUCAGGGUGUCUGUAAUCUGCGAACAUAUUCCAGUCUCCGGUCUCCACUUGACAUUAGUAGAUCAGGGAAAACAUUAACCAGAAGGUCUGCAACUGAUCUUUCCCCCUGCUGCUCAGAUUACUCCAGUGUCAUGUUAUCCAGACCGCUCCAGAAUACUCCCGGGCCUCUUGUGCACCUCUCCUGUGACCAGUACGACUGGCAGACAGCUAACGUCAAUGAUGCUAAGUUGCAGCUAGGUGGAGCCAGCGAGCCAUCUCAGUCACAGCCCAAGGAUGAACAGAAAACCUUGCAUCAUUUUCUGCAGCACCAUCAGAUCCCCGCUUCCUUCUCUGACUUAAGCAGUAUAUCUUCUUCCGCUGUUUUACCUUCUCACACAACAGAAAUCAGUUCCCUCAAGCAUCCUUUUUCUCAAAGCAGCUUUAACUCAUUGAUGCAGUCUAACAACAUCCGUCAUCCCAGUGAUUCUUCAGAUAAUUUCACAACAUCAUUUUCACAGUUUCUCCCUUCUAUCUUUGUGGAUUUCUCCUACUGUCCUGUGGAGUGUGAUCCUUACAUUUCGUCAACGAUUUAGUGUCACGAAAGGGAAGUACAUAAUAUUUAUUCAUCAAAAAUGUCAUUAUUGUGUUUUAUUUAUAUGUAAAGACACAUUCAUGCAUCCACCUUGUGCUUAUCCAGUUGCCGGGGCGAGUGUUGGAACCUAUUCCGGCUGUGUCAUAGGACAAAAAGACAGGGUAAACCCAGUACAGGUCACCAGUCUAACCAUUUACACUCAUGGCAAGUUUAAAAUCACCAAUUAACCUAACCCCAUACAUAUCUCUGGGAGUAAGCUGGAGUAUCCAGAGAGAACAUACAAGCUUCAUACAGAAAGGGCCCAGGUAGCCAGUGGACUUUAAUCCAAGGAACUUCUUUCUAUGAGGCAAAAAUGGAAACCACUGCACCACCUUGCUGUCUCCUAGUCAUAAAAUAUGGAAAAAAUGUUGUUGUUGUUUUUUAAUUUUUGUAGUCAAAUGAUUUAUUAUUAUUAUUAUUAUUAUUAUUAUUAUUAUUUCAAAGUCAGGAUGCAGUAACUGUAAUUAGUAAGGUCGGCUGACAACAGUCCAGUUAACAUUAGCCCCUUUCAUGCAACUGGGAAUUCUCCAAUGAUGGGAAUGUUCUCAAGCUUUGGCUGGGGAAUCUUUCCCAUCAAAAAAGAUGUGAACAGGAAUCAGUUGCCAUUGACAUUUGACAUUUAGGGAAAUGCACUUAUACGAGUUCUUCCUAAGAAGGAGAUGAGAAUGUGGAUACCACUUUUCUACAGUAAAUGUGAAGCUAUACUCUGCAGAAGCAUAGAAAGUGAAAACAGGGGGUAACAGCUGGCCUGGCUCUGUAAAGAACAUCUUUUUUUAUUUGACAAGAUAAAUAUGAGCAGUCAAAGGGAGGAUGGAUUAUUUAUAUAUAUAUAUGUAAACACACUCAUUUGUGAUUGGUUGGUUACUUUUUUGUAUAUGUUUUGAGGCAUUAUGAAGUUUUUUUCUCUCAUCUUACUAAUAUACACGCCGCAUGUUUUGGCUGUCAGUGCUGAGGAAUGUUAAUGCAAACUGCUCCCUGUAUUUUAAUGAUGUUUGACUUGGCUGUUAUUUUUCUAUUUUUAGUGAAGUGAUUUAUUCUUGUUGCUUAUAUAGUUGAAAUCAGGUAUCUGAAAGCUUUAUGUGUGUGCCUAUGAAGAAGAAAAAAAAGCAUACACUUACUGGGCGCUCUUUUAGAUACACAAGUUCAACUGGUUAGUCUAUUUAGCCAGUUCGGUACAUUUAGACACAUAGAUGAUAAUCUUCUGAAGCUCAAAGUGAGCAUUAAAAUGGGGAAGAAGGGAGAUUCAAAUGACUAUGGUUAUUGGUUUUAGGGUUGGGCUGGUGUGAGUAUUUCCAAAACUGCUGAUCUAUUGAGAUUUACAGAGAAUGGUCCAGAGAAAAAGAAAAGCAAAGAAAAUAUCCAGUGAGCAGCAGUUCUCUAGGUAAAAA